CGAUGGAAUGAAGAUAUGUACCUCUUAACAUAUGAAGCCGAUGGAAAGUUUACCUCCCACCACCGCAUGGAGUGGUUACAGAGUGAUCUCCAAGACAUUCACGAGUUCGAAACCCGAAACAAAAGCCUCGCCGGCAACUGCCCGAGAUCAGCUGACGGAGGAGGACCCGAGGCAGCAGACGGAGGCAUGGCUGUGGCAAAGUACAUCGCAUUUGCGGCCUUUAUUAUCUUUGCUGGCACUGGUAUAGCAGUUGGCUAUACUGGUGGGAGUUUAUUGACAGCAUAUGUAGCCUAUCUGUCCCCAUGGCUGCCUGGUUGGCUAUGGAUUGCUGUGGGAAUAAUCAUGGUCCUGGGAGUUGGAAUAACUGCCACCAGCACUGCAGGAGCUAUUGCAACACUGGCCCCAAAACCCAAAGCAUUUAAAACAUGUUUGUCCUUGCUGCUGUUGAUGGUUGUAACAGAACUCGCAGGAACCACCCUCGUUUACAAGAAGCAGCAUGUACUAGGCCAGGCCCUCAGCAACUACAUGGCACAUUCCAUGCACAUCACUUCUGUUGACUAUGGACUCAAUGUCUCUGACACACAGCUAUGGGAUGAGAUCCAGAUGGAGAUGAACUGUUGUGGUGUUGUGUCUUACAAGGAUUGGUUCCUUACAACAUUUGGCAAUGGUACAGAUGUGCCAGACUCCUGUUGUCUCCUUGUUGUAGAAGGCUGUGGAAAGGGUGUUGCUAAUUUAGCAGACCCAGAGGAUGAAGUUAUUACAGAGGGAUGUCUCCCAACUGUACUGCACUCCAUUGGGAUUGAUUAUCACAGUUUGAGCAGAGGGGUAUGGCUGCCUGUGUGUGCCAUGCAUGUAGCUUUGAUGGUGCUCCUUGUGGCUACCUCUAUGUUCCUGCAGGAGAGCUACACGGCUACAAACCUCCGUGCUUACUCUAUGUCAUCCAGUGCAGUUGAUAGCAGUCACAAAUACCACCAGUUGGAUGAAGAUUGUUAAAAAAAUAUUCUGGAAAGAGAAGGAAACCACGGCACUGUAGUGUGAUCUGAUAUGAGUUAAAUUUAUUCUAAUUAUUUUCGGUUAGUACUGCUGGUUUAGUUCCAGAGUUUUGGGUUAUUUUAACAUGCACUUUCUUGUGUUAACUGUUACAGGUUCAUCGUUUGUAUUCUCAUUUUUUAUUCGAAAUUAUUAUCUCCAUAGAUUCCUUGUGAGAGAAAGUAAUGGCCGUCAUUACUUUUAUUAUUUUAUUUGCUCUGUUUACAUAUUGAUUAUAAAAGAUGUAUUUUUAUUUGUUUUUUAUUGCCUUACAAGGCUGUGUGUAUAUUUUGUAAUAGAUUUUAUUUAUUGAAUAAUUCCAACGUACAUUGGACUUCUUUAACUUUUGUAUAAGGUGAAAAGGGUUUUACUAGCAAGGUUGUACUUACAAGUUAUGCUGCUAGUUGAUAAGUUUUACUUUUUUUUUAUCUUCUAUUUUUCAUGCUAAUACUAUUUCGUAACAAAGGUGACUGUAUGGUUUAAAAUCUGAACAUAAAGGCUAAAAAAAAAAAAAAAAAAAUCAAACUUGUAAUCAUUAGGCAUAUAUUUUGCACAAAGCUCAGACAUCAACUUGAAAAAGAAUUAUGUGCCUUGCUAUUAGACCUAUGAUGGGUUUUCCAUAUGUGGUAGAGGAGAAAAGAUAUUGCAUAUACAAAGAAUUAGCUAGAAAAAGGAGGAUAAGUAUGACACUAAAAACACGUCCAAGUAGAUGAGUUAUAAAGUUAGACAUUUUUCCAUCAUGUCUUUGCUUCAACCCUUUUAGUGGAGUUAGAAUUUUCCUCGUGAAAGGUAAUGCCACUGUCAGCAUCCUAAACUACACCUCUCUAACGAAUGUAACAAGUAAUCACCCUAAUAGAGGACAUGCUCUAAAUACCUGCUUGCUUGUAUUAAAGUAGAUAUGUAUUCAGUACCAAUGUGUGCAAAUAGAAGAUAAUUUUCUUUUUAUCUUUCUUUUUUCUUUUCUUCUCCCUAUGCGUAUUUCGUAAUUUUUCAGAUAUUGGAAUUUAGUUUUGUUUAGUUUGAUCUGUACAUGGAAGGUGAUUUUACACUUUCCUCAAGAAUUAUUGAGGAAGAAAAGAAUUAUUUCCUUUGUGCAAUACUUUGAAGCACACUAUUAGGUACCAAGUUAGUGAGAUCAAUUUAUAUGAUGGUAGUUUGAUUAGGUGACAUUUUUGUGUAUGCGUCUGUGUGUGUGUGUGUGCAUGUGUGUGUGUGUGUGCAUGUGUGUGUGCAUGUGCAUAUGUGUGUAUGCGUGUGUGUGUGUGUGUGCAUGUGCGCACAAAAAAAUGUGUGUGUGUAUAUAUAUAUCAGAUGAAUAGAAGGCUUAGGUUUCGCUCACUAUAUGUAACAAAUGUGAUAUUGGAACUACUAUGAAGGAGAAAAAAGACCAUUUUUGUAUUGUAAGAACAGAUUCUGUUCAUUAAGACAAGAUUGUGCAAAUGUGAGUGUGCAUGACUGACUGUAUAGCUGCAAAAGUGGCAGUCCAGAUAUAACAUGAAGACCAUACAACAUGCUUUAGAUUUAAAGAUCUGGCUGUCGAAAAUUUGCUGGUUGUUGAGUAGGUAACAAAAUAGCCAAAUUGUAUGGAGCCAUGCAGAAAUGCCCACAUUUCUUAACCCAUUACUUAACCCAAGUCACAUGUAUAGCAGUCAUAACAAAUCAUGUGAUCUGAUAAUGGAUGUGUUUAGUUCUGACAGGGGGUUUUGCCAAAAGAGCUCUGGGUAAUGCACUAGUGCAUUGAUCAGGAAGUUCUGCUACAUGUAGCAGACUCCAGCUCCCAGUGGCUGGAUGGUUGCCAGAAAUCAGUCUAUGAUGUCAAGAGAUUUAUAAUACCCAUCACUAAUGGAUUUUAAAGGUGUACUUUGGCUUUACAAGAAACUGUUAUAUUUGGAAUGUGAACAAUUAAUUAAUAUUGGAAAAUUAGGAGCUAAAUACACGUGUGCUUAUAAGUAAGAAGGCAAAAGUUUCUGAUAAGGGAUAUUUUUGGAGGAUUUGAUUGAGUGAGUGAUAUAUACUCUGUUGCUGAAGUUAGGUACAGAAUUGAGUAGAUUAUUUUUGGAAUGAUGUAACAGCCUGCAGUAUGUAAAGUUCAGUUAGUAGAAACUUAAGCUGAGGCAUUAACUUCGAAUACUUGUGCAUGCCAUUUUACUAAUGUGUGCACAAGAUGCUAGCAGAUGGAUUCAUACACACACACACACAUUCUCUCACUCGGACAUCCAUUCACACACACACAUGCAUACAGAUAAACACACCGACUCAGACAUGCAUACAAAAAUACACAUGCAUACAAAUCUACAGACACACACUUACAAAUAUACAGACACCUGUAUAUAAAGAUACACACAUACAUGCAUACAGAUGCACAGGAACACAUGCAUGCAAACACGCAGAAAUUUCUCUCAUAAUAACUCACAUCAAGAAACAUAGACUAAUUAAAAUUCCUAAUUUUGUUUUCUACUGGGGCAAUCUUAGCAAGUAUUAGUAUUCAGCCAAAUAUUAGUAUUCUGAAGAUGACUAUAAGGUGAUGAGGGAACAUAGUUUGGGGGGAGACAGUUUACACCGUUUUCUUCAUACACAAUAAUACAUUUUAUAGAAAGAUCCCUUUACACUGUGACAUGUCCAGCACUGUCCAUACUGGUGUUUUGUAUGCAAGGUUUUAUGCACAUAUUCAGGAAUCCUUAAUGUGACCCUAGUAAAUAGUUUUAAAAUAUAUCAUGUCCAUGCCAUGUUUUACAACAUUAACCAUUUGACCCCUUAAAAAACUAUCAUGGAUCCUCAUUAAAAGCUAAAAUAUUUUCUCCCAUUUAGAUAAAAAUUGUAGUUCAUGUACCUUGCAGUUCAGAAAUUUCUUGGAAGUGAAUGACAGAAAUUUUAAUGAUGCUGUAGCUCAAACACGAAUACCAGUUUUAGUGAAUAUUUCUUUUUGGUGUCCUAUUUUUUGUGUUUUGCAUAAAGCUGGCACAUAUAGGAAAGAUGUAGGUGUAUCAUUGUUCUAUGGACAUUGCUAUCAUUAAAAACAUGGAAAAAUAUUGAAGUACAUUGCAGAGAAAUUCAUAUGAUAUAUCUUCACACGCAGAAGAUUUAUAGCUUGAUUUUAAACUUCACCAAAAGAUAGUCACAUGGAAGUUGUUUUUCAUGCAUAUAUGUAGAGAAGUAAUGAUUAAAAUUUGCUCUUGACCAUGUGCAUUGAACUGAUUUGGAAGGAUGUAUGUUGAUUUAUUUAAAAAAUGAUUUGGAAAGGUAUGCACUAAAAAGAACACCUUUAGAAUAUUGUUUUUAUAUGGGGGGGGGAUAUAAAAUCAUGUAUACUAUAUUAGCAUAAGCAAUGUAAGCAGUUACAUUUUUUAAUGUUCCACUUAUUCUGAAUUCCACAAUCUCUUGCUGUGAAUCUCCUAUGAGUUAAAAAAAAUUGGAAACUUCAGCUUUAACAAUCUGUAGUCUUGGCUAUGCAUAAUUAUUUUUUUAUUAUGGAAGUAAUCACUCGUAAAAAAAUAUACGUUGCACAUGUAUUAUAAACAGUUAUCAGAACAGAUUUAUGUGAUAUGGUAGAUAUUUUGUGUAUAUUAUGGAUUAAAUAAAGUGGCUUUGAUAUACGGA